AUGGCGUACAUGCAGCGUGAAUUUGUGGCAUCUGACGGAGAGCAUGGUGUCGUCUUGACCUCGUCGUACACGUUCUUGACUGCGGCCCUGUCGCUCUGUACGUCACAUCCAGACGAGGAGGCAGGUCUGAAUGUGCUCACGACAGACUUGAUGCUGCGUGUGUUGCACGACCUGUCGCUGAAUCUGGGCUCUGACGUGACGCUUAGAUCAGUGCGUGGCAAGGACCGCCUGCAACGCGAUGCCGUCGUGCGCGACGAGAUUCGCACGCACCAUGCAACAAGCAUUGCUGAGCUCUUGUGGCGCAUCAUCCAGGACUCGCUUCAAGCGCUGCAAUCGCCUGAUGCGUCGACGGACAACCCACGGCGCCUGAACGCCCAUACAGCCGGCAGCCUUGCUCAGGUUGCCAUGGCAGUUGUCGGUGACUAUGCCUCAUGGAUUGAUAUCGGGUUGAUUGUGAGUAUGGAGACCGUGUCGGUGCUCUACAAUGCCUUGGACUCAUCACACGCACCUCUGCGAUACGCGACGGCCGAUACGCUCUGCGAGAUUGUAUCCAAGGGCAUGAAGCCAGCUGACAAGUUGUCGCUGAUCCAGGGUUUGGGCCUCACGUCCGUGAUUGGACAGCUCGAGUCGUCGACGCGUGGGCAAGGCGAGGUGCAUAUCGAGCUGCGUGAGCAUUUGGCCAAACUGGUCGGUGCACUCUGCACGGAACUGUGCAAGAUUGCAGAAGACGCUGUUGGUGCUGAGCAAGAUACGAGGGACGCUGCGCAUAGCCUGCUUCUUACAUUCCUCCCUCUUGCUUUGGCCUUCCUCGCGGAUGAAUAUGAUGAGCCAGCUGAACAGGUUCUCCCGUGCCUGCACAUGGUGCUGGGCUUGUACAAAAAGACAAAGCGCCAGGCAGAAAGCAUGGGUGUGGCUAUGAGUGCGCCGCAAACAGAGUUUGUCACACAGCUCAUCACCCUCGUGUUACAGAAGCUUAAGGCCGACGCCGACCUCGACUGGGAAGAUUCGUCCUUGGUGGGUGGACCUGCCUCAGGCGAAGGAGAUGAUGACAAUGACGACGAUGAGCAGUUGGUCAAGUUCUAUGAACUGCGUAAGCAGCUGCAGGUGAUCCUCGGAGCUAUCGCAGCGAUUGACGAGCCGCUGGUCUCGAACACGAUCCACGCGCUGGUCUUAAAUACGCUGGCUGCUGGAGAUCCGGCGGAACUUCCUUGGGAGCAGGCCGAGGUGUGUCUUUACGCAGCUUUCUGCUGUGCUGAAGUGCUCUCGUCGGUGCGUGGCAACAAGGUGGGUCUGGGACCUCACUCCUAUGUGCAAGUACCUGUGGAGCCAGGCAAAACACGCAAUGUGCGUCAGUCGCUCGCGGUGUACCAGGCGCUGCCGCCCAACACGCUCGGUGAGUUGCUGCAACACUUGUUCCGCUCGCGCAUCUCAGCUCAUGCGCAUCCUGUGGUGCAGCUGCAGUAUUUCGAGUGCAUUGUGCGAUACGCGAGCUGCUUCGCUUUGUGGCCGGACCUGCUGCCGGAUGCGUUGGCGGCGCUGCUGGACCACCGCGGGCUGCGCAACCCCCAUAUGGGCAUGCGCCGACGGAUCAACUACCUGUUCUACCGCUUUGUCAAAGACACGCGCACGGCUAUUCCCUCCGAAUUUGUGCCGCAGCUCUUGGAGAGCAUGCAGGCAUCACUCGUUGUCCAGGCAGUCCUCCCUGACGUGCAGCCGGACGAGGAUCCUCUUCUGAAAGCGACGGAACAUGCGGGCGCAUUUGACAGUCAGCUAUACCUCUUUGAGACCUGUGGUCUGCUGAUGGCGCAGCUGGGGCACAUGCCCGAUACUCAAAUCAUGUUGUUCAAGGCCAUUACGCAGCCCCUGUUGCACCAGCUGCAGCAGAGUGUGGCUGCCUUUGGCACCGACGCGACAAACCUGCAGUUGGUGCUCCAGGUGCACCACUUGAUUCUCGCACUCAGCACCAUCGGGAAAGGAUUCCCCGACUACGACGCUGGUCGUGCCACAGAGCCGGCCUGGAUCGAAGAAGUCAAGCCAGUUAUGGAGCAAAUCCUUUUGGCCCUCACUGCGCUGAACCGCUUCUUGAUUGUGCGUGAGGCGGCCCGUGGUGCAUUUGCUCGCAUUGUGGCCUCGGCAGGUCCCGCUGUGCUGCCGUACAUACCCACACUGAUUCACGCGCUCGUGCAUCAGGUCACGGAAGCAGAGCUCGUGGACCUGCUCAACUUCUUUGGGCUUAUCACGCACAAGUACAAGGAAAAUGUCCGCAGUGUCAUGGACGAUGUUUUCCAGGUCCUCGUCUCGCGCAUUUUCUCGUUCAUGAACCAAGGCGUCCAAGGCACCGACGACCUGGUUCGCCGCUCCGACACAGAACGCGCUUACUUUGGCCUUGUCAAUGCGUUGCUUACGGCCGGUCUGGACGGUGUGCUCAUUUCCGAGAACAACCAGGCGCAGCUCCAGACCGUCUUGCAAAGCCACGUGUACUAUGCCGAAAAUGGCGAGCCCGUGAGCCAGCGCUCUGCCAUCAGUGUGCUGACGCGCCUUGUGUCGAUGUGGGGCCGCCGCGAUGAAAAGGCCCUCGCAGGCUUUGAGCAGUUUGUAUAUGAUGCAAUCGUGCCCCUGGUGUUCCAGGUGCCCGCGAAGCCUUCAUUCGACCGCACAGAUGCACAGGCACAGCUGGUGUUGGCAGAACUGAGUGCGCUACUGAAAACCCUGUAUACCGCCCGUGGCGACGAAGUUCUCCAGUUCUUGUCCACCGUGUACCUGCCCGGCGCCCAGUGCCCCCCGGCCCUGGCUAUGGAGCUUGUUGAAAAUAUCCAGAGCUUGGAUGCGAAGGCUCUCAAGCGCUACCUCGACACAUUUAUCGCAAAAUCCCGCGGCGUGUAG